AUAGGCCUAUCUCUUAUGAUAUUGUUUUCAACACACUCUACUUUUUGAUGAAAUUCUGUGCUAUAUCUAAAAGCAACUACAGUAGCUGGCUCAUAUAAAGGUUAUUAGACUUAACAAGAAUGUUGUUAUGUUGAUAGAAGUCCACAUAGCUUGAAACUAGACAUUAUUAUUAUUAUUAUUAUUAUUAUUAUUAUUACUAUUACUAUUAUUUUUUUUUCUCCAUGUUCUGGCAUAGAAAGAGUUACGAGGCAGAUUUUGAUGGCGUUGGAAACCGCCCUUAAAAAAAGUAAAAUAGGCCUUCAGAAGUAUGCGAAAAAUCCAUUGUUUUAAAGCUUACGAUAUGGAGGAUAUGGAUAAAUGGUUAUAAAUGCCAAUAAAGUUUUCAAAGAGUAAUUUUGAUAGUUUCAACAAGUACAAUGACCUAAGAAACUACCAUAAGGUAAGGUUUGGUUCCAAAAUCGACAAACAAAAUGGAGGAAGAAGGAAAGAUUUGGACAACUGCAAAACAUGAGAGCUAUGGCACCGGGUACGGGAUAUGAGAUGCCCAUUGCACCCAGACCUGAUGCAUAUGCACAGGUUGGGCUACAAAUGCAGAACUCACCGUGGGUCGGCAAUAUGGCAGGAUUGGGUGGCAUGAACCAAUCACAUCAUAUGCAAGCCCCUCAUCCUAGUUCCUGUAUGGCACCACAGAGCACACUUCCUAACUUUAUGGGAGUACCAAUCCACAAUCAUGCCCAAGCUAUGAACGUAAUGUCAUCCGUUUCCAGUCCAACUCCAGCAACCUUCAUGAACAUGACCAGUACUUUCAAUGGUCAGUAUUCUGAAAUGCAUUGUCAAGAUACUAAUAGAAGAUCUAACAGCAUCGCUGCACUUUGCCUGCGGGCAAAGGAACAUAGCAAUGUUAUGGGCAUGAUGAAUGGUUAUUCCUAAAAUUUAAAUAAUGGAAAUGGGAAAAGACAAUCACAUAACAAUUCAGUGCAACGUUUGAUAAAAUAAAAAUUUAAAUAUCAGGGAAAAACCAAAGGCAAGGUAUUGACGAAAUAUGAAAUUAGUUAUUCGGGGCUGUUUUCCACCCCUUAUGGAAAUGACAUCUGUUUUCCAUUAAACGCUGUGAGAAAAACUAUAAACCUAACAAAAAUAGGGUGCAUGAAGAUUUGGUUGCAAGCCGGGUCUGCCAUUGUGUAGCGGGAUUGAAUUCUUACACCGGAUUUCUAUGCAUCCGCAUGUUCUUGUUACCAACAGUAACAUCUUGUAAUUUCUUUCGUGGCAUUGGUUGCAUCCGUGUUAUUUUCCAACUUUUAUGUGGAUUUCUCAAUCUGUACUCAAGCUGCCUUUUGCAUCAAAAGCGUUUGAUAAAGCAUGCCGAUCACGUGG